AUGGGCGACGAAGUUUACGACGGUGCCAUUGGUAUCGAUCUGGGUACCACCUACUCUUGCGUGGCCACCUACGAGGGUACCAAUGUCGAAAUCAUUGCCAACGAGCAGGGUUCCUUCACCACUCCCUCAUUCGUCUCCUUUACCGACAAGGAGCGUUUGAUUGGUGAUGCCGCCAAGAACAAUGCCGCCAUGAACCCCAAGAACACCGUCUUCGAUGCCAAGCGUCUGAUCGGUCGCCGCUACGAUGACCCCACCGUCAAGAAGGAUAUUGAGUCCUGGCCUUUCACCAUCAUUGAUGAUGCCGGCCAGCCCAAGAUCCAGGUCGAGUACCUCGGCGAGAAGAAGGAGUUCUCUGCCCAGGAGAUCUCUGCCAUGGUCCUCACCAAGAUGAAGGAGAUUGCCGAGACCAAGCUCGGUAAGAAGGUCGAGAAGGCCGUCAUCACUGUUCCUGCCUACUUCAACGACAAUCAGCGUCAGGCUACCAAGGAUGCCGGUGCUAUUUCUGGCCUCAACGUCCUUCGUAUCAUUAACGAGCCUACUGCUGCCGCUAUUGCCUACGGUCUGGGCUCUGGAAAGUCCGAGAAGGAGCGCAACGUCCUGAUCUACGAUUUGGGCGGUGGUACUUUCGAUGUCUCUCUUCUUAACAUCCAGGGUGGUGUUUUCACCGUCAAGGCUACCGCUGGUGACACCCAUCUUGGUGGUCAAGACUUUGAUACGAACCUAUUAGAUCAUUGCCGCACAGCGUUCACGCGCAAGACCAAGAAGGACCUUGGUGGCGAUGCCCGUGCCCUGCGAAGACUCCGUACUGCUUGCGAGCGUGCCAAGCGUACCCUGUCCAGCGGUGCCCAGGCCACCAUUGAGAUUGAUUCUCUCUUCGAUGGCGAAGACUUCACCAUGACUAUCACUCGUGCCCGUUUCGAAGAACUCAAUGCCAAGGCUUUCUCUGGCACUCUCGAACCCGUUGCUCAGGUCCUCAAGGAUGCUGCCAUCGAGAAGUCUGCCGUUGACGAGAUCGUUCUGGUUGGUGGUUCCACUCGUAUCCCCAAGAUCCAGAAGCUCCUGUCUGAGUUCUUCGAUGGUAAGAAGCUCGAGAAGAGUAUCAACCCCGACGAGGCUGUUGCCUACGGUGCUGCCGUCCAGGCCGGUAUCCUCUCGGGCAAGGCCACCUCCGCUGAGACCUCCGACCUCCUCCUUCUCGAUGUCGUUCCCCUAUCUCUCGGUGUCGCUAUGGAGGGCAAUAUCUUCGCAUGCGUUGUAAGCCGUGGGAAUACCGUGCCUUGCUUGAAGAAAAGAACCUUCACAACCGUUGCCGACAACCAGCAGACCGUUCAGUUCCCCGUCUACCAGGGUGAGCGCGUCAACUGUGAGGACAACACCUCUCUGGGAGAGUUCACUCUUGCUCCCAUUCCUCCCAUGCGUGCUGGCGAGGCCGUCCUCGAGUGUGUCUUCGAAGUGGAUGUUAACGGUAUCCUGAAGGUCACCGCCACUGAGAAGACCUCUGGCCGCAGUGCCAACAUCACCAUUGCCAACUCUGUCGGCAAGCUCUCCACUGGUGAGAUCGAAAAGAUGAUCUCUGACGCCGAGGCUUUCAAGAGCAACGAUGAGGCAUUCAGCAAGCGAUUUGAGGCCAAGCAGCAGCUCGAGUCCUAUAUUGGCCGUGUGGAGGAGAUUGUCACCGACCCUACUCUGUCUCUCAAGCUCAAGCGUGGCCAGAAGGAGAAGAUUGAGCAGACCAUCUCCGAAGCCAUGGCUACUCUUGAAAUCACCGAAAGUUCUGCCGAGGACCUCAAGAAGCAGGAGCUUGCCCUUAAGCGACUUGUUACCAAGGCCAUGUCUUCGCGAUAA